GGACACUAUUGUUGACGAGCGCGGCAGCAGCGGCUGAGGCAACGCUGAGCUCUGAGGUUGAGGCCCGCUUCUCCGCACCCGCGAGUCCGGCCGCCCGCCAGUCCCAGCCUCGCGCCGUCGCCCCGCAGUCGGCCAUGUCCCAGAGGGUGCGGCGCGGCGGGUCCCCCCCUCCGGCCGGCCCGCUUGGGGGCAGCGCGGUGGCCGUGGCCGGAGGCCCCGGGGGCCGCCUGCAGCCCCUGCGGGCCACUGUCCCGUUCCAGCUGAAGCCGCAGCAGCAGCAGCAGCACGGCAGCCCCACGCGGGGCGGCGGCAACAACGGCGGCGGCGGCGCCUCAGGGCCCGGCGGCGGGGCCCCGCGCUCCGCGGCGCGCACGAGUCCCACGGUGGCCACGCAGACGGGCGCGGCCGCCACGGCCACGCGCGGCACCAGCCCCACGCGCGGCGCGCGCGGAAGCCCCCCGCGGCCGCAGCCCCCGCCACCGUCGCCCGGCGCGUCGCCCACCCACCUGUGGGCCGGCGAGGGCAGCGCCGCCGCGCCCCUGGCCCGUGUCCGCGCGCCGCGGCGGCCCCCAGAGCAGCGCAGCCCGAGCGCGCCGGUGUGCAAGGCAGGUGACAAAGCCCGACUGCCUCCCUGCAGCCCUUCCAGCAGUAUCCGCCGCACGUCCUCCCUGGAUACGCUGGCAGCUCCGUACCUCGCUGGGCACUGGCCUCGUGACAGCCACACGCAAGCUGUGCCUUGCAUGAGGGACAAAGCCACACAAACAGAGAGUGCUUGGGCUGAAGAGUAUGCGGAGAAGAAGAAGGGGUCACACAAGCGCUCGGCAUCCUGGGGCAGCACAGAUCAGCUGAAGGAGAUUGCAAAAUUACGCCAGCAGUUGCAGAGAAGUAAACACAGCAGCCGGCAUCACCGAGACAAAGAGAGGCAGUCGCCGUUCCACGGAAACCACGCAGCCAUCAACCAGAGUCAGGCUCCUGUUCCAAAGAGUACACUUGUUCCAGUAAUUCCCAUCACCAAAUCAACAGGUUCCCGCUUCCGGAACAGUGUGGAAGGACUGAAUCAGGAGAUUGAAAUAAUCAUUAAAGAGACUGGGGAAAAGGAAGAGCAACUUAUUCCACAGGACAUCCCAGAUGGCCAUCGCGCACCUCCCCCACUGGCCCAGAGGAGCAGCAGCAGCCGAAGCAUUGACACGCAGACACCGGGAGGCGCCGACAGGGGCAGCAGCAGCAGCAGUCGCUCACAGUCUGUGUCCCCCGCGUCCUUCCUCACCACUUCCCACGAGGGCAGCGAGGAGAGCCCCUGCUCCGCUGAUGACCUGCUGGGCGACCCCAGGGACAAAGAGAACGGAAACAACUCUCCUUUGCCCAAGUACGCAACAUCCCCCAAGCCUAACAACAGUUACAUGUUCAAGCGGGAGCCUCCGGAGGGCUGUGAGAGGGUCAAAGUCUUCGAGGAGUGCUCGCCGAAACAACUUCAUGAAAUCCCAGCCUUUUACUGUCCUGACAAGAACAAAGUGAAUUUCAUCCCCAAAAGCGGCUCUGCCUUCUGCCUUGUCAGCAUCCUCAAGCCACUCCUGCCCACGGCGGAUCUCACCCUUAAGGGCUCUGGCCACAGCCUGACGGUCACCACCGGGAUGACGACCACCCUGAUCCAGCCCAUUGCUGUGGCUUCACUGUCUGCGAGCACAGAGCAGGACCGUGUCUCCCGGGGAACCAGCACCAUCCCGCCCUCGGCUUCCCUGCUGCCACAGCCACCAGAGCCCAUCGAGGAGGCGGAAGGGUAGGUGCGCACGCAUCCACUGUGGUUCUGGAAAUGGAUCCAUUAUGACAGCACUGCACCCUGCUGGCGCUGGCAGGCGCCUGCCCUCAACUACGUGUGUCAGGGAGGUGCCGGAAGUGGCAGCCCAGAGGCCACACCCCCCAAGGCCGGCUUCAUCCUUCACUGCCCGAAGGAUGGGCAUGCUGCAUUUUGUUUCCAAAUCAGACUUAAAACACAGACCCCGACCCCUGCCGACACGAUUCCCCAAAGGGAGGUGCGACUGGUGCUGCAAGAACCAUCUUUUGUAUGAAAAGGACUAUUUUAUGAUACCAGUGUCACAUUUUCUGAAAUGCAGCAAACAGGAUGUUCAGAGAUGCCUUGGCGGCCUCUUCUUUCUGGCUUUCCGUCCUCAAUGUGUGCUUUUCUCAGCUGUUUCCAGCUUAGGGACCAAAGGGAUCAUUGACGUUUUCCCAGCAACGUCAAGCUCAUGACUGUGUUCUCCCAAGAAAGAAUUGAUGGUAAAUGCAUUGAACAAGUAUAUAUAAAACAAGAGAUGAAAAGCAAUAUUGGUACAUUGUGUGACUUAAGUUCUUUGAUGUCAGAAGUUUGUGCUUUGGGUGAAAUAUUUGUAAAGCUGCUGUUUUCUUCACUUCCUCUGUACACGUCACUGUCUGGUCAGAAGAGUUCUAAUGUCCUCACCCAUAUUGAGACUUGACUUGUAAGUGAGCCAAAAGGAAACUACCCAGUGUUGAUUGCUAGCGAGGAAAAUGAGGAGCCUUUUGGCUUUCUGUGAAGUGCCACGUGGUCGCCCUCCUCUGCCACAGGUGUCACCUACCUUAGCAUCACUGUAUCAUAGCCCCAGGGGACCUCAGCUGGCUGUGCAUGGAUUUCCUCUGCUUUUGUGAUGUUACUGUCUUGUGGAUUUGGUCUGGGUUAGUCGUUUGCUGGGAGUGUGACCCAUUGAGUAGCGAUCUGUAGCCACAGUUGUGAAACUUUUUCUUUAUAAAGGUGACUGGCAACUGAGAUUUGCUGUCUACAGGUUUUGCUAGUUUCCUCUUAAACAUUUACACACAGUGGGGAAAACAGACAAGAAUUUCCGGUAGGCAUCUUGGAAAAAUCCAGUUUUGGAUUUCAGUUCAUCCUAACGCAAACUAGGAAGUUGCUCUUUCUAAAAAUGAAUUUCAGCAAGCGAUACGAUUUUUGAAAAGCACCCUUUUAAUAGCUUUAUAUACUACCAUAAUAUGCAAUAAUUCACUUCUUUCUGUAUAUUCUAUAGGCAGAAAAAUUUCAUGCCCUUACAAAAGAGAUAGCAUUAGGAGGUUGGUAAGUCAGCUUGUCCAGAAGUGUGCCCCCAGGAACCACCUAGCUCAGCAGUGGCAAACCUAAGCGUGUGUGUGAAGUGGGCUGUGUGUUACCAGAAGCUCUGCUGAGCACGAGCAAGAAAUGUAGGACUCACUUUCCUGCACCUUUUAAAACAUGCCCUUUGUAGACAUUAAAGUGGAGACUUAGGUAAACCGGGUAAACUCACACAUAGAAAUGAAUCUGUCAGGCUUUGGUUAGUAGGACUGAUGAAUUCCUCUUUUUGCAGCCAGAACUUCAGUUAGACCUCUUGAGCAAUGAAGAACGCCCUUGUUUGGGGUCUAUGUUCCGAUUAGUUGGGUUUUGAGUAUGUUGAUUCAUUCAUUGCCUGCUUUGUUACACCUUUUUAACUUUACCCUUUCACAAGUAAGGAGCCUCACUGUGUAGGAAAUACAAAAGAAAAACUGAAGGCAGGUGAGUUGGUAUGAAUGGCCAAGAGAUAGUUAAAAUCAAGGCUUUGCUGUACUUUUUUAAAUCAUCAGAUUUUUUUUCCAAGUCUUUCCUUUGCCUUGUGCUUCCUUUUCUAUCUCCAUUUCCACUAGUCAUAAGGGUGUUUUACAAGAAUGUCACUUUGUGACAAUUUUUCUUUUCUUAUGUUGUAUUCACUUGCAAAUUUAUGCCUUUCUGUAGUUUUAUGUAUCCUUAAUGUAAAGUCAGAAUGGGGGCUGGGGGUUUAGCUCAGCGGCAUAAGCGCCUGCCUUCCAAGCAGGCAGUCGUGAGUUCGAUCCCUGUUACUGAUAAAAACGAAAAAGACCAAAAAAAAAGUAAAGUCUGAAUGAAAGAACAAAUUUCAGGUCUAUUAUUUUAAAUAGAACUUCUAAUUUGGCUAUAAGCAGAAUGUGAAUUUGCAGGUAAAUGAUUACAUCACUUCAGUUUGGGAGAAAAUAGCCUGAAGUUUGCAGGAGGGGUAAGUGGUCCAGACACAAACAGCUUGAACUGCCACUGCCAAAGGGCUAAUCCGGAAGCCUGUGAGUUCCAGCGCAGCCUGGAACUGUGCCUGGAACUGUAGGUUCAUCCAGCAGUUUCAUUUAACCUUCAUUCUGAGGUGAUUUUUUUUAAUGGGGUUUACUCUCAGAAUGCAUAAUGUAUUCUACUCACACUCCAGAAUGGCCAUGUUAUUCUAUAGAAAACUGUAUAGAACACAGCAGAAUAGCUUCAGUAAGAUAAUUUGAAUUUUUUCAAAUAAUACUCUCAUGGCAAAAAAAAAUGGGUGGCACGUAUGUUUCAGCAUAAAGUUAUUAUUCUGUAGUUAUUUUUGUCAGUCUUAUCUGUUUUUUACCCUCAAAAUAAUAGAUGUCCUGUUUGUCAUUAUGACUAAGUCUGUAUUAUUUAUGUGGCUUCUGUGAGCAAUUAUGUUUUUAAAAUUCUAGUUUUGUCUCUUGCCUCUUUGGUUUGCGGUGAGAAUAGAUGCCAGAAGUUUUUUAAACCAGCUGGUGUUGGGUAAAAUGCCUCUUGUACUUAUAGCCACAGAGCAUAGCAGCCUUUAGGAAAGGCCGUUUCCUUUCUCCUGGUUAAAAAGCACUGGCUUUCACUAGAGGACAUUACCGAAGGGCAGCACUGACCGCUCCCCGUCCCCAGGAUCAGGACUGGGUUGUGAGGGUUUUAAGGAAGAUAAGCACCGUCUGUAACCAAAUCGGCUGUUCUUACUUUUAGGAGCCCAUGUUUGCCGUGCAUAGUGACACGGGGCUUUUCACUUCCUGUCCUCUGCCCCCUUAUAAAUUCACCAUUCUAAACUUCAUAUCCAUUCCCGUAACCCUGGGGUUUUUGGUGUCAGAACUGCACACAGGAAGCGCUGAGUUUGCAAAAUUAAGCUACAAAUACUUAACUCUGCACUUUAAAGUUUGUUUCAUUCUGCUUAGUGAUAAGCAGAGCAGUUCUGAACAAUAUUUCGUUUAUACAGUCCUGUUGAAUAUAAUUUAUGUUUUUUAAACUGCAUUUUUCAUCUCUGUUGAAGCUGUAAUCUUUUUAAAAUGCAAUUUAAACAUUUUUUGUUUUGUAACAGAAAUUCUCCAAAAAAACAGCAUUUCCAAUGCUAACAGGUAUUGUUAUGUACUUACAUAUUCCUUGUACCUGAACACUUGUUGCUGCCUCACAAGAAAUAGAACUUUUACAUUAAAAAUAAAGUCUUCUUGAAAGA